AUGCGAUGGAGUGAAGUUCAAUCGCGUCUAAUUACCUAUAACUAUACCUAUUACUACAUAGAUCUGCACGAUGGGCAAACCAAACAUCAGAAUCGGAUAUCAGUCGACUCAUCGAACAAUCCAGUCAAGACGGCUCCGGCUGAUAUUGACCUGACGGGGCUGAUAAACUCCGAGGAAAUCGCCGAGGUGCCACCAGCAGCUGAAAACCCCGUCACGGACGGAGCAGCACCAGACCUUAACAACGCUGGUGAUAGAGAGGGCAGUAGAAAUGCUACGAAAGGCAAAGAGCCCAGCAAUGAUGUGCGAGUAGAUGAUAGCCAGGCUGUCGCUAGUGCCUCCGAUGAUACGGAUGGGGAGUUUGCAGACUUACAGCGAGGCUUCAAUAGAAGGCGGAGUCUGAUACCCCAGCUGCCACCACUCGCGAGGUAUCCCGUAUCUCCACAUCUUGCACGCUCGUCCACUUUUCCAUUGAACCUCACCCAGGAUGAUGACGACUCAGAAGAGGAAGCCUUACGAAAAAAUAAAAAGAAGAAGAGGAAGAGGCUUGGGCAACAACCUACGGUUCAUUUCGACACAUCCAGUGCUGACGAAUAUGGGAAUUCUGAGAGAAGUCCACUUAUUCAUCAUGCAGGUACGCGCGAUGGAAAGGAACCCAGUGCUGCAGUACCGCCUUCAGUAGACACAGAAGGUGUGCGAACUACUCAACAUGUGGGAAACAAACCCGGCCCAAUUGUGGUCGUCCCACGUCCGGAUGAAGGACGAGUUGCAACUUCGCAAUCUACGGUUGCCUCAAGUUUACAUCAACCCACAGAUGUCGCUCAAGCAGAAAGGUCUCCCUCACAGACUAAUCACCAAGCACCUGGUCCAAGGGAUUGGCCAGUCCUUGACCAAGACAGCGCCCCAAGGCCAAGGCCUUUAUCUCGAAGCGCUACAUGGUCGUACAUGCCUCUAGAACCAGGGCUUGACCCACGUUUGAAGGCAGCCCGAGAUACCCAACCUUCUUCAAGCCUUCCAAAUUUACCUCUUCCUACACCGGGACAGCAACUACCUCUACCUCUACCUCCUCCAAUACAAGGGCAGCCACUUCGUCCGUCGCCAUCACCACCACCAUUACCUCUAGCGCUCCCAGCACCAGGACCAGCCCCGACUCCUCCAGCGUCAGGAAGGUCUCUCCCCCAGUCACCUUCAUCAUCACCACCACCACCUCCUCCUCCGCUCCAGCCAGCGACCGGGCAUGUACCCGGGAUUCCACAGCGCCAUCCUUCGAAGAGUCAGCCUUUACCAGGGGGGCGUUUGAUUGCCCCUCGUCCUGAUGCUGAUUCGACGCUUCCAAGGUCAUCUUUGUUCCCCUUCGUCAGGAAAAAGAUUGGGUACGCGAUUUAUCGGAACACAUGCCGCACCUGGAGAAUGUCCGUCAACGUCAAGAAAGUGUCCGAAAUAUUGGCGACAUGA